CAAUGAUCAGGUCCUUCCUCCUUAUCGGGUUUCUUUCAAACACAUGCGUGAGCAGAGAAGUAAAUCCUGGAAACUGUGAAAAUACGAUUCUAGAAAAUUUAGCGGGCUUCAUCAAUACUUCGUCAUCUCAUUUAACAAAAGAGGUCCUAACGACAUUCUUCCUUCGUACCAAUGGUGAGAGCAGAUUCAAUAUUACAAAGGAAAGAAAAUGCAAGGACUAUGGUCAAAAUUAUCAACAGUUCUUAGAGAAAACUAGUUUGCACCUUUCUAGACACACGGUUUGUGGAAACUCAUACUUCAAGAUCAGUGUGGCGACUCUUAUGAUCUUUCUGCACUUAGAUCGAUAUAUUUGUUCAGAACAUAGUGAACCGUACCAGGCUUAUGAAGAACAAAUAAAUCGAAUAAUAAACAUUUUGCAAAUGACCAGUCGUCAUAUCCACCAUGACAGAAAUAGGACUACUUCACCAACAAUUCAGAAGUGCCUCAAUGAAAACAAGCUCCAAAAAAUAGUGGACAUCAUUCUUAGCAAUGAACAACGUUUCCAACACCAACACUUAAAACGAAAUUCAAGAAAUAUCCAGCAAAGUAAUUUUUAUACUCUUUCCGAACACUCAUCAACACAAACAACCAGUCAAGAGAAUAAGCAGCUCAACACGCUUUUCACCAAGCCAACGUUUACAACUUCAGCCACUAUUGGCUCUGAGUCAAAUAUCACCAUGGAUCCAUCGACGUUUACUUCUAUGAAAUCUUAUUUCAAGGGCAUGGAAACACAUUGCUUCUUGGGAGUAACUACCAGACAUCCUGUUUGUAUUGGCCUGAAUUCUACAUUUCAGUUUACGUCAUUCUAUUGUAUGAAAGGCCGCGAGUCAAAUAUAUUCAAAUGUGCGAAAUACAAAAGAAUCACACAAAGUCAGCAAACAAAAAACUAUACUUUUACUCUAGUAUUGAUAUCGUCAUUCAGUAACGAAACUGUCCAGGAAUUGUAUAGGUUUGCUGAACAAGUUGACUUUGAACCUCCAUUUGAACGUCUAUCAUGGAUCAUUAAAUACUUAUCUUAUAAACCUUUAAAAUUAUAUUUAAAUUUGGAUCGGCCUACUUCUCAUUUUGAUGAACAGGAUCUUGUAGAGAACAUAUCAGCUCAAGCACAAACAUUGAAUUCACUUCAUAUGACUACUACAAAGAAACCAAAUCACAAAACCACACAAAAAGAAAUGGGGACACCUAGGACACAUGGAAGUGCAAGGAAAUAUCAGCAUGAUGUUCAUCAUCACGUGACUGAACAAGAGGUCCGUGCUGCUCUGAUAGUAUAUGCAGUGAUCAAAGGAUACAUGCUGCAGCCAAGUGAUUUACCUUGCCCUAAAGAUAUCCUUCAAAGUUUAUUCUCAUACUGGGGCUCAUCAAAAUCUCAAUAUCUUUCAAUGAAAGCUAUCGAGAAAAAAUUCCAAACACUGUCCGACAAAACUUCACUAGUUAGCCACGAAACACAUGCUCACAAAAGGAGAUCUUCCUUAGCUGAACCACGUGCCUUACCUCUGAGACACAAUUCAAAAUUCGAACACCCUAUAAGUCUUCCAUUGAAUAAUGAUCAACAGUUGUCCAAAAGGCAUGAGAAUGGUCACAGUCAUGAACAUUCCCCUGAUUAUAACCAUGAACACUUUUCAAACCCUGAACAUAAUCAUGGACAUCAAGCUCAUGGACAUCCCAGUCAGUGCUUUCACUUAUUGUCACCCUUACUCAACGAACAUCGUGAACACUACAGAGAGGAAAUAGCUAAAGUCAAAUGGAAUUUGAGUGACAUUCCAAGCCUCUAUUUUAAAUCAAGGACGUCUCUCAGUAUACAGGAUUUACAGGAAAUAGCGCCCGCCCUGCUUCUGUUGCUGCUUACUGGUGAAGACAGGGUGGAGUCGCCGAAAGAUUUGCCUAGAGUAACAUAUAUACAAAGCUACGGAUUGGGUACACUUUGUGUAGUUUUCCUAAGCUUGGCUUCAGUUCUUGGAGCCAUUUUCAUUAAAAUCACUGGGACAAAGAAGAAGGCCUUCCUUUUGUCCUUUUUGUUGGCUCUUUCAGUUGGGUGUCUGCUUGGAGACGCAAUACUGCACCUUGUACCGUCUACUCUGGGAUUCCACGAGCAUGACAAUCAGGGUAAGCUGGUAAUUCUCUUGGUGACAAUGUACGGCUUCUUCCUGAUUCAGCUCCUAGUCAGCCUGUUUCACAAAAACCAUGACCAUUCCACGAUUUUUAUGAAAGACAGUAAAAAGACGCACAAUUUGAAUAUGACUAAAAAUGAAUCUUUCGAAAUUGAGAAUAAGGCUAGAAAAGAUGAGACAGCACUAAACAAUAUUUCAACAGAAGAUAAACAAAUGGAGAGGCAGGAAUCAAAUGAAAGUCAGAAAGAUCUUACCAUCGAGGAGUGUCCUUCGGAAUCCAACGUCUCCACAGCAGAUAGAGGUAAAUAUCUUGUCCCCGCUGUGUGGAUGGUCAUCAUAGGCGACUGUGUUCACAACUUUGCUGAUGGUUUGGCAAUUGGUGCCACCUUCACACAGAGUCUAACAGAGGGGCUAUCCACUGCUAUUGCCGUCUUAUGCCACGAAAUACCACACGAACUUGGUGACUUUGCCAUUCUUCUGGCUGCGGGAUUCUCAGUGAAGAAGGCAAUAGUGGUCAACCUCCUCUCCAGUAUCACGGCUUUCAUUGGUCUCUACAUCGGCAUCUCCGUGGGUGAGGAGUUUAGGAUCUGGAUCAUAGCAGCGGGCGCCGGCAUGUUUCUUUAUAUCUCUAUGGUAACCAUGAUUCCUGAACUGGUUCGAAUAUUCAGAAACAACACUUGUAAAGAGAUGUUUUUCUCCCUCAACCUGGGCUAUAUCCUUGGAGUUGUGGCGAUGUUGCUGCUGGCCAUUUACGAAGAUCACUUGAAAAUUGUCUAAUGCCGGUGUUUGUGUUCCUGGUUUUGUUUGUUUUUGUUUUGUAUUUUUGUCUGUUUACUCCUUAUUUAUCGUUUGUAAAUUCGUUCAAUUAUCAAUACGUUUUUGUUCAUAUUUCGGGAAUGUUGUGAGGCAAAGAACUUAUGCUGGCGGAAUAUAAAUAGGUAAAGGUUUGUAACAUGAAAACCAUAACUGCAUGUAUUACAAUUACCACACACCCAUCUUUAACAUCCUAUAAAGCAGGAACAAAUUGGUGUUACAGUUAUAGCAUAAGCGUGUGACAAACUAAAGAAAAAACACAUUUGCUUUCCUACAAAUCUAGCCUCAAAUUUAAUUAAAAAUAUAAGGAGAAACCUGGCAUUCUCUCUGAUAACCAUCAGCUCGAGCACGAUGGUGGUAUGAUGACUCUGGACUCAACAAUUCAAUAAUCUGAUGUCAAGGUAUUUACUCAUCACCAAUAUAACUACUCAACAACCUUGUUCUGAAGCUGGUGAAUUCUUCAAAACAACAUGCUUAAUCUGAUUAAUAUCUAAAAAUU